AAGCUAGAUCAAGCUUUGGACAAACUCCAUCUCAUAAUUUGGAACCACAAGCAUAAACCGUGCAAGGGAAUUCCACUGCACAUGUUAGUGGACUGAACGAUUUGAACUAAAGGGGAGUCACACACAGUCUCGACAGAGCUGCCGCAGAGCUUAAAAACCCAAGAGUACUAAAGUAAUAUCCAGUUUUGCUUGUAAGUAAUCAGCAGGGAUGUUGUUACAGGGGAGUUUAAAAGCAACGAAGAGGAAGCAGCUUUUCUGGACAAUGUUCUAUGUUCUGAGCUUGAUGGACAAUAAAGUUUCUAGUGAAAAUAACCACAGUUCACCAGCCACUACCUCACCUUCAGCGAUGAAUGCUACUAUCACCAGUCUAACACCAGCAACAACAACUGUCGCUCUCACAGAAACAAUGAUCUCCUUGGAGCCUACAAAUAUUUCACCAGCACCAGAAGGAAAAGAAAGUACUGCUGAAACGACCAAAAUGACUGAAGACACCAGCCCUGCGACUUCCACAGGACCCACCCAAACACACAUGCAUGUGUCAGACCAGUCAGUGUCAGUGAACACAUCUCCCGAUUCGCAGCCGAACAUAUCACAGGCUCCUUUCAGUACGACAGCACGAGCCACGACUUUGGAAAUGGUUUCGACAGCCACUACUGUCCUCACAAAGCAAACUUCCCACUCAGCUGCCACAGGACCCCCGCCUAUUAGCACCAUGGAGCCCUACACCAUCGCUUGCCAGAAUAUUAAACAUGUGAAGAAGCCCAGAGUGAUCUGCUUGCAUCUCCAUGAGCCCGACACAUGUAAUAAUUUUGUAAAGACAAAGGGAGCAAAUUUAGGUAUGGUGAUUUGUGACACAGCAGCACACGACAAUCUCUUCUCUUCUCCGCCAUGCCACAUUGAAUUCGCCAAAUCUGAGGUGGAUCCCUUCUGCAUGCUGCUCAUUCAGGCUGGCAGUAAAGAUGCAGAUGCAAUAGAAAAGCUCCUCCAACAUCCAACGUCUGAUCUAACUAAGCUUGGAAUAAAAUCCCAUACACUGGAGAGUCCUGGACUUCACCAGAACAGUCCCCGGAAGACACUGAUUGCCUUGGUCACAUCUGGACUCUUGCUGGCGUUUCUGAGUUUGGCUGGAUACUUCCUUAUGAAACGACGGAGUUGGAGCCCCAGGGGAGAGAGGCUGGAUGAAGACCUCUAUUACACUGAAAACGGUAGCCAGGGAAACACAGUGGUCACCGUGGCCUCCCAAGAGCAGUCCGAGCCUCAGGAGAAGCCAAAUCACAACAGAGGGGCUCAGAAGAAUGGGACUGGACAGGCAUCCUCAAAAAAUGGACAUUCAGCCAGGCAGCACAUUGUUGCUGACACUGAAUUGUGAAACGUGUUAGGGUGACUGCCUUAUUAUCAUGAUUUGAA